AACAACUGGGUGAGACCGCAAUCCGAAAGCGAGGGAAAGCACACAACAACGCACACUACAAUCAUCAUACAGCGUCGUUUCUUGCAGUCGUCCAAACAACUGUCUAGGCACUUGUGGAAGCAACAACAGCAACAUCAGCAACGGAAUCACGUUAGUACAAAUCUUGGGCGCAGAUUCCGCGGUGUAAUAUCAGAGUCGAGAAUGAGUCGGGCUCGGUGAGUCCAGUUCUUCGUAGCUUUUCACUUCGUUUGCUAAGCGAAAACGAAAACGAAACGAUAAAGAGAGGCAAACCUCGGAUAGACUGUACAUUUCCUGAGGAGUGCAGUUGCCAUUUCAAUACUCGCAGUAUACUAACAACACCGGUCUCUUUUUUGUUCUCUUUUGUUCACCCCUUCUCUUUUCGAUCAGUGUUUACGCGGACGUCAACGUCCACAGACCAAGGGAUUACUGGGAUUAUGAAGCUCUUACAGUAAAUUGGGGCGACCAGGAAGAAUACGAAGUCAUCCGAAAGAUCGGACGUGGAAAAUACAGUGAGGUAAGCUUUUGGAGGAAGUGUCGAUGUGCUGUGGCCGUCGUUUGUGCACAAUUGUUGGUAAUUCAUUGUUCUGUGUGUGUGUGUGGAUAAGUUACUGGUAAAGCUCUGAUUCUAACCAAGCCGUUGCUCAAACCAAUGAAACGAUCACAUUCUUAACGUUCUCUUGCGAUCAAUCGUAACAACAACAACAACAACAACAAUAGGUAUUCGAAGGUGUCAACGUAGUCAACAGCACGAAAUGCGUCAUCAAAAUUUUGAAACCGGUGAAAAAAAAGAAAAUCAAACGAGAAAUCAAAAUUCUGCAAAACAUGUGUGGUGGUACCAACAUUAUACAGCUUCUCGAUGUUGUCCGCGAUCCCCAGUCCAARACGCCGUCCCUCAUUUUUGAACACGUCAACAAUACCGACUUCAAAAUUCUGUAUCCAACUCUUACCGACUACGAUAUUCGCUAUUAUAUUUUCGAGCUUUUGAAAGCAUUGGAUUACUGCCACUCGAACGGAGUCAUGCAUCGGGAUGUCAAACCCCACAACGUCAUGAUUGAUCACGAAAAACGCCAGCUGCGGCUCAUCGAUUGGGGAUUGGCAGAAUUCUACCACCCGGGACGUGAAUACAACGUGCGUGUCGCAUCGCGUUAUUUUAAGGGACCAGAGUUGCUUGUGGAUCUGCAAGAGUAUGAUUACUCGUUGGAUAUGUGGAGCCUGGGAUGCAUGUUUGCUGGAAUGAUCUUUCGAAAGGAACCGUUCUUCCACGGACACGACAAUUACGACCAGCUCGUCAAAAUCGCGAAGGUUCUGGGCACCGAGGAACUCUUCCACUACCUCGACACGUACGACCUGGAGCUGGACCCCCACUUUGACGGAAUUCUCGGCAGGCAUUCCAAAAAGUCUUGGCAAAAGUUCGUGACCCCGGAAAACCGGCACCUCGUGUCGGACGAAGCGAUCGAUUACGUUUCCAAGCUGUUGCGGUACGACCACCAAGAACGCCUCUCGGCGAAGGAAGCCAUGGCGCAUGCCUAUUUUGCUCCCGUGCGCGAAGCCGCCAUGAGAGGAGGCAAUCAAUCGUCAUCGAGCGGAGGAUACGCGGUUUAAAAUUACGAAGCAACACUCCCCGCUCCAUUUCAUUUG